AUGGACUCAUCUGCACUUGUAAUAAUAUCUCCAAGAAAGCUCAGAUCCGAUGUUUACUCAUACUCAUACCAAGAUGACUCCAACACACCAUUGGUGAUCAAUGUUCUUGCCUCUCUCAUUGAGAGAAGUAUGGCCAGGAAUCAAAGGAUUGUCAAAAAUUGCAGAUGGGCCUUGUCUAAAGACUCUAGAACCCGAGUUUUCGACUGCCACGAGACUCCGGACAUGACAAUUCAGUCCUAUCUAGAGAGGAUUUUCAGGUACACCCGAGCCGGGCCGUCGAUUUAUGUUGUCGCCUAUGUAUAUAUCGAUCGGUUUUGCCAGAGCAAUCCGGAAUUUCGGAUCAGUCCCAGAAAUGUCCAUAGCUUUCUCAUCACAACCAUCAUGGUGGCUUCAAAGUAUGCGGAGGACAUGAAUUACAGAAACUCAUACUUUGCGCGAGUUGGGGGAUUAAAGACCGAAGAAUUGAACAAGUUGGAGCUCGAAUUCCUGUUCUUGAUUGGUUUCAAAGUGCAUGUCAAUGUAAGUGUUUUUGAGAGCUAUUGCUGUCACUUGGAGAGAGAGGUCAGCAUUGGAGGAGGUUACCAUAUAGAGAGGACUUUAAGAUGUGCUGAGGAAAUCAAAGCAAAGCAAAGAGAAGAAAGAGGGUAUAAUAAUCAGAUUGCUCGUGUCAUGUUGUAG